GUCUAAUUCAUCAAUUUGGUGAAACAACUUUUGACCUGUUCAAACAUAUGACUAUCAUAAUCAUAUCAUGGAAUAUUGUCGAGUAAAGAAGAAGCAGAUGGAUGUGGCAAACCCCAACAAGUCCACCUUAUCUCCACCUAAUUCCUACACAUCAGUAGUUCUUGGAGGUACUUUUGAUCGUUUACACGAUGGUCACCGCCUUUUUCUUAAGUCGGCUGCGGUAUUGGCGAAGGAUCGAAUUGUCGUUGGUGUUUGCGAUGGUCCAAUGUUGACUAACAAACAAUAUGCUGAUUUGAUAGAGCCAAUUGAGCUAAGAAUGCAACAUGUAGAAGAUUACAUCAAGUCUAUAAAACCUAAGCUGAUAGUGGAAGUAGAACCAAUAGUUGAUCCCUAUGGUCCGUCUAUCGUCGAUGAGAAUUUGGAGGCCAUUGUCGUCAGCAAGGAGACAUUGCCUGGUGGACUGUCUGUUAAUAGGAAGAGGGCUGAGAAAGGACUCUCGCAGCUAAAGAUCGAAGUUGUGGAUCUAGUCUCUGAAGAAUCAAGUGGAGACAAACUGAGUUCCACUGCUUUGAGAAAGAUUGAAGCUGAGAAGAUCAGGGAGGAUCAUCCAGAAAGCCAAAGUUAACUUUUUUCUGGUCUAGACUUCUGUCAAAGGAGUUUCUCUUUACUUUAUUUCAAUUUGCUUUGUUAGGAUUCACAAGGAAACACUGUGGCCAUCAUAGAUGUGAAAUUGUCUUGGAAAAUAAUAAUUUCUUCAGAAUCAUAAUGGAGCUGUUUCCACAGUUGGUUGUAAAUCUAUAAAAUGUGUUUAUUGAUUCGUGCGCC